AUGUUCAUCGUAGCGGAUAGGAGAGGCGCUCUGACUAAGGAGCAGACUCUAGAGACGAUAUUCGAUUUCAACCCAGGAAGUUCAGUAGGAGGAGCAGCAGCACCGCGAGAAUCAGCACAACCAAGGAGACACACAACUGCCCAUGGCAAUACAGCACCACCCACCAGCGUUCCUCAUUCCGAUUCCCGCACAGCCUCGCUUCCUCAGCUCUCCACCACCUCCCUAAAUUCACUUCCUGCUUCCUCGACGGAUGUCGUUCACACUGUCAAAAUUCCCGUUCGGGCCUUGACGAAUUCCGUUGCCGCUUCAACAGAUUUUGUUUUCCCGUCCACGGACUCCGUUCGCACCUCGUUUGAUUCAUUUCUCUCGCACGCAUCAGACUCCGAAUCUGCACACGACGACAGCUCUCAACAUGAAACUCCAGAGUCGCAGCAGCAACGACCAUCCUCCUCUCCCGACUCAGCCGAUUCUGGUUCAUUCAGAUUCGCCAUUUCGCCAGCGCUCUCCAAUCUGAACCAUCCGUUAUCGCCUUCUCUCAGUUCACCAGCAGCCGAGAUCAUUCCGUCACCCGCUCCCUUCGGUCCCGCCGUUUCUGCUAGAUACGGCCCGUAUCUUCCGCCGCCCGUUGAACUAGGCCCUGCCGUCACCACCACCCUCGGAUUCUCCAGGUCUCGCUCUUCCCCAGCCAAGUGCGAAACGCUUAGCGAAGAAAUUCGCGAAGCGAUCACGACAGCUGACGAAAAUGGCGACUCGUUCGUUGAGCCGCGCCACGUUACAGAACCUCAGGUGCCUGUGCCGCAGAUUUCGGUGGUCCCUGAUAUCGAGAGCCCUUGCACGGGAACAAGCAGCAUUCCAUUGUCCUCGUUACCGCGUGCUUCGUUUGAAGCGCCAGCCCCUUCGUCUUCUUGCGAUUGUUGCAGUGUGUUAGGCUCGGGGGAAGGGGAACCGGGAAUGAGAGACGGGGGAGAUGCGGGGAGGGGGAGAGCUGGUCGGCGGUGCUGCGCCGCGGCAAGGCGGAGACUGGACUGGGGAGAAGCUGCGGUCGACCGUUCCGCCAGUGGAGGGGGAGCCGGCGGAAAGGCUGAUGGCGUAACGGGGGAGGAGAACGGGGAGGCGCGGACGGCGGAGAGACUGGCGGAAGGAUCGGAGAAAGGCCAGGCGGCGGCGCCGGUAUCCACGGUUCCAGUGCGGAGCAAGAAGCGGAGAUCGGCGCACGUGGCAGCUCGGGAGGGGGACGUCGAGGCGCUGCGGGAUGCGCUAGCUGUCAGACCUGGUGCUAUCAACGAGAGGCAACUGCCGGUGUGUCAGACGCCUCUCCAUCUCGCCGUGGCGGAGGGGCAGCUCGAGGCUCUCCGCUUUCUCCUGGACUGGAGGGAGCAGCGCGGCGCGGCGGAAGUGAAGGCAGACGUUGAAGCGCGGAACAUGUUCGGCGAGACCCCAAUCCACGUGGCGGCCAAGAGCAGCAACGCGGACGCCAUUCGGCUGCUGAUACGAGCAGGCGCACGGGCGGACGUUGCUGCCACAAACGGCAUGACGCCUCUCCAUCUCGCCGUGUGGGCUGCUGUGCAAGCCACUAGCAGCAACACUAGCAACGACACUGGCAGCACCGCCAACAGCAGCAUUACCGCCCAUCCACCAAGCAAGCCAGCAGCAACAGCGAAUUCAGCACCUGAAGUGAUACCUGGGUCAGCAGCAGAACCACCUGAAUCGGCACAUGGAUCACAGAAGCAGCAGAAGCGGCCAGCACAGCAGCAGCAGCAGCAGCAGCAGCAGCAGCAGCACCUGACGCAUCAAGCAGGCCCAGCAAUCUCUCCUUCUAAACCAUCUCCACUGCUCCACUCCCCAGGGGAACUCUCCCCCAAACCACUCUCCCCUGGGGAACUCUCCCCCCGUCCACUCUCCCCCUGCUCCCCUCGUCCGCUCUCCCCCCAGCCCCUCUCCCCUCGACUGCUUUCCCCCCAGCCCCUCUCCCCUCGACUGCUUUCCCCGGGCGCCUAUGGUUCUGCCUUCCCCACCUGCCCGCCACCCACACCAGCGUCACCCGCCUUGCUGCUAGAAGCCAAUGCAGACCCAUGUGCAGUGGAUAAGGUGAGUACGCUGGAUAAGGACGGCAACACGCCCAUGGCGCUGCUUCCAAGUCGAGCCACGCGGUGCGCUGUGUGUCGGGAGGUGCAGGCGCUGCUGCAGCGACACAUCAGCAGGCGAACGAGGCUGCAGGCUGAAUUGGCCGUGCACGGAGCAAAGCUAGUAAUGGAUCAGCUUGAAAAGGAGCUAUCCUCGUUAGUAGGCCUCCACUCGUUAAAGCAGCAGCUAAGGACAUGGGGAAAGGGUCUCCUGCUAGACCAAAGGCGCCGGGCACUUGGGCUGCCCGUGCCUCCCCGCCGCGCCCCACACAUGGCUUUUCUGGGCAGCCCGGGCACCGGAAAAACAACCGUGGCGCGGGUGCUUGCUCGUAUGCUGGCGCUGGUGGGUGUUUUACCCUUGAAUAAGGUAGUGGAGGUGCAGAGAACGGACCUAGUUGGGGAAUAUGUGGGGCAUACGGGUCCGAAAACUAGGAGAAAGAUUGAGGAAGCAGAGGGAGGGAUACUGUUUGUGGACGAGGCUUAUAGGCUCAUGCCGUGUCAGAGGAGUGAAGAGAAAGACUAUGGAAUAGAGGCUUUGGAGGAGAUUAUGACUGUGAUGGAUUCGGGGAAACUGGUGGUGAUUUUUGCGGGGUAUGCUGAGCCGAUGCAGCGGGUUUUUGAGGCUAAUGAGGGGUUUAAGAGGCGGGUUACUAAGUGUUUUACUUUUGAUGAUUUGAGCCCGAAGGAGAUUGCAAGGGUGAUGCUGCUGAAAAUGGGGUACGGUCAGAAGGGGGAGCAGGGGAAAUGGGAUGGUCAGAGGGAGGAGCAGGUUAGCAGGGGUGGUGAGAGCGUUGAGCCAGGGAGGUGGGGUAAUGUGGAGAGGACGUGUUUUAAGAGUUCGCAACAAGUGGAGGAGAAGCAGAUGGAGGAGAAGCAGAUUGAGGAGAAGCAGAUUGAGGAGAAGCAGAUUGAGGAGAAGCAGAUUGAGGAGAAGCAGAUUGAGGAGAAGCAGAUUGAGGAGAAGCAGAUUGAGGAGAAGCAGAUUGAGGAGAAGGGGGGUUUGCUUGGGGGGCAGAUGGAGCAAGCGCAUCAAGUAGUGAGGGAGCGAGGGGAGGAGCAAAGGAAGGAGGAGGUGACACCGCAGGGAAAGCAGCAGGAGGAAGAAGGGGUGGAUGAAAAGGAGGGGAGGGGGCAGAGCGAGGAGUGCAGUAGUCUGGGUAUCAGCAGGAGCACUGCAUGCGACUGCAAGGAGCAUGGCCACUGUGGUAACGGCGGCAGCUGUGCUGCUUUGGAUUCUGGCAUCAGGCGCGGCGGUGAUGGUGGGAGUGGGAGCAAGGAGGGGAGUGAAGGUGGAGAUGACAUGGACAUAUCUCCGCUUACUGGAUUCAGGCUCCACUCCUCGUGCUCGGAAGAGGCGUUGGCAGAGGCAAUCAUAGCGCACACGACAGCGAAGCAGCGCAGGGAGAGGAAUGGAGGCAUGGCAGUACCGGUGCUGCUGGAUGCCCGGGACCAUCUGGACCUGCGGCUGCCUCUGGACUGCUGCUGUGAGGAAGAGCUGAUGACCAUCCACAUGCAUGACAUUGAAGCUGCUCUGGGGAUGCUGCCUCCAUAA